AAGCGGAAGGACAGAUGACAUGCGGGCUCUAUGAUGUGGGCGUGCCUCGCGGACAAAUACUGUCUUCUUCCGUGAAGUAACCUAGUAGGCUUCACACGCUCGUCGUCGACUUGGACUUAACAAAACAACUGGAAAAUUAAGAUACCGACAAUGGAAUCACUGACGGCUGCAAACACCAACUUCUCCCUGGAUCUGUUUAAGAAGAUAAGUGAGAGUAAUAAAUCGGACAACAUCUUCUACUCUCCACUCAGCAUCUCCUCAGCUCUGGCCAUGGUGUACAUGGGCGCCCGGGGGAACACAGCUACACAGAUGUCUGUGGUGCUUGGCUUUACGAAAGAAAAAGAACCCGAAGUUAACUCUGGACAGCAACAACAAUUACAGAGACACCAGCUUCCACUGGAUGUGUUGAAGUCUCUCCGCUCCCAAACUGAUGAUGACAUUCAUGCUGAAUUCAGCAAGCUGAUGUCUGAACUGAACAAAGAGGGUGCCCCGUAUGCACUGAGCCUGGCAAAUCGCCUGUAUGGGGAGCAGUCUUACGAGUUUGUGGAGAAAUUCAUUAUGGACACAAAGAAGUUCUAUCAAGCAGAGCUGGAGACUGUUGACUUCAAAUCAAAAGCAGAGGAUGAAAGGGUGAAGAUUAACAGCUGGGUGGAGAAGCAGACUCAAGAGAAAAUCAAGAACUUGCUGGCGAAAGGGACUGUUGAUCAUAUGACCAUACUGGUGUUGGUGAAUGCCAUCUAUUUUAAGGGUAACUGGGACAAGAAAUUCAAAGAGGCCGACACAAAGGAAGUUCUGUUCAAAUUGAGCAAGAAUGAAAGUAAGCCAGUACAGAUGAUGCACCAGAAGGCCAAAUUUGAUUUGGCGUUCAUUCCGGAGGUCAAUUGUCAGAUUCUGGAGAUGCCUUACAUUGGUAAAGAGCUGAGCAUGCUUAUUAUUCUGCCCAGAGAGAUUGAGGAUGACUCCACAGGGCUUGAGAGGUUGGAAAGGGAGCUUACAUACGAAAAGCUCAUUCAGUGGACACAGCCUGAAAAUAUGGAUACUCCUGAGGUAAAUGUGGCUCUGCCCAAGUUCAAGAUGGAAGAGAGCUAUGACCUGAAAGAUAUUCUGGUCAGUAUGGGCAUGAAGGAUGCCUUUGAUGUGGCUAAAAGCGACUUCUCUGGCAUGUCUCCCAACAAUGGCCUGGUGGUGUCCAAAGUGGUGCACAAGGCCUUUGUGGAGGUGAACGAGGAGGGCACAGAGGCUGCUGCCGCCACUGCUGUCAUGAUGAUGUAUCGAUGUGCCAGGCCACCCCCAAUUAUGUUCACCGCAGACCAUCCCUUCCUGUUCUUCAUCAGACACAACCCCACUCAGAGCAUCCUCUUCUAUGGCCGUUUCUGCUCCCCUUGAAGUCUUAAACUCUGCCGUUUCUACUAAAGCAAUAAUGUCUAGACAUUCAAUAUUUCUGUAAUGCUGCUUGUCUUAAAACAUGUAAUCAACUAAAUAAUGUUUCCUACAGUAUAUUGUACUGUGAGAUUUCUAUGGUAUCCUCUUUGAAAUAUAAUGCAUUUCAAUACUUCUGCUUUACUUAGUGAUCAACUGAAAACAACAAGCAAUAAGCAGUGUCACAUUUUUGAAAAUAAAAGUGCACUAAACUUGA